GUGUUGGGACAGCACCAAUUGCCUCUCACAGAGAGACGGGGCCCCGCACCGCUGAAGGACCCCUCCUUCACCUGUGCCAGACUGGGGGGCAGGGAAUCCAGAGAGCCUGAAGAUGUUUCUUACUGACACAGAGUGGACAAGAAUGUUAUGUAGUCUCCGGUGUGUGACGUGCGCCGUCUGGAGGACAGUCACUGUGCAGCGCCAUCGAGGUGUCACUGGCUGAGCUCCCUCCGUGCACGUCUUUCUGAAUGGGGUCGACUCUGUCUUUCCCUGAACGAUGUCCAUGCCGACGUGUUCUUGAGCUCGUGUGAAGGCACUCUGAGCUCUGCAAAUACAGAAGGCUCUGGAGAGGACACCAGAAGUGGCUGCGAAUCAUCUGAUGGCGCCCCACGCGGGACAGAUAAAGAGAGGUUUUCAGAGGCUGGAGGGUGUGCGUCAGGGCCCAGCGGAGACCUCCACCAGCAGGGCCUUCUUGUCCCGGUGGUCUGUGCACAGGCCCCUCCAGAACCACGCAGGAGAAGGGGGGCCUGUGGACAGGAAGACCGCCUGGGCCAUGGUGCCUCUGUGGAAGGACCUCGAGGGAGAGCGCGGCUGCCCCACCUGCCAGCAGCCCCUGCGGGGUGCCCUGAGCGCGGAGGGCGCACCCCUCUUCUGUCCCGACCCCCUGCUUCUGCCCACUGCCGAGGGCUCGGCCUCCGGAGUCCUCCGCCGCCCCCUGCACCCGCAGCCUUGUUCCGAGGGGCUUCUGGGCACCGGCCAGCUCCGCCCCGGCCAGCGAGAGAAGGUGCGUGGUGUCCGCGAGGAGCGCAGGCCUCUCCUGCGCGGGGCGACCCCGCGGCCCCCUGAACACCGGGGGCGCUGGGAGCCGGCCGCAGAUGGCGCAGUCGGCCUCUGCGAGGUUCAGGCGGAGGCUGAGCGGGAGAGCCUGCAGCAGGAAGCCCCCCUCGGGCAGCGGCCAGAGCAGCCCAAGAACAGGCCGCUCCUGCUGGACGACAUGCUGAUCCUGGUGGCCCUGUGCCUGCAGGACUUGAAGCUCAGAGAGUUCAUGAAGGUCGGCGACUUCCUGGACAGGAACGCUCCGCAGAACAGAGAGCACCUGCAGCGGAAGAGGACGCCCAGCCCCCUGCUGCCGUCCUGCCUGGCUGCCACCGGCUGCUUCCUGGACCGCCCAGGCUCACCCCAGCCCCCACCCCCGCCUCCCAACUCCCCCUCCUUCUGCUGGGCCAGUCCCCCAGGAGGCUAGCCCAGGAGGUUCUGGGCCCCCGCA